UCAUUUUAGAAAAUGCCAAGUAGGAAAUUUGCCGAUGGUGAGGUGGUGAGAGGCCGAUGGCCUGGGAGUUCACUUUAUUAUGAAGUAGAAAUUCAGAGCCAUGACAGCAACUCCCAGCUUUAUAUUGUCAAGUACAAAGAUGGAACAGAACUUGAACUGAAAGAGAAUGAUAUCAAGCCUUUAACUUCCUUUAGGCAAAGGAAGAGUGGGUCUUCCUCCAGCUCUCCCUCCCGACGCCGAGGAAGUCGGUCUCGGUCACGCUCCCGGUCCCCAGGCCGGCCACCGAAGAGUUCCCGCCGGUCUGUCUCGGCUUCCCACCAGGCUGACAUUAAGGAAAUAAAGAAGGAAAUCUUGGAAGUUAAAUUGACUCCACUGGUAUUGAAGCCAUUUGGAAAUAGUAUCAGAUACAACGGGGAGCCUGAGAUCAUAGAGAGGAACGAUGUCCCUCACAAAAGCUUGCAGGAAAAAUUGCAUUUGUCACAAGAAACUAGUUAUAUAUCUACACAGUAUAGCCUUCGUCCAAGAAAAGAAGAGAUCAAAUUGAAAGAAACAGAUUCUAAGGAAGAAAAAGUUGUUACAAAAGGACCUGCGUCGUUGAGAACCUUUGAUUCAACAGUCACAAAGAUGAAGGAGUUAGAAUUUGGAGGAGUACCUGGUGCGUGCUGCUUAAUGCUAGGCCUGCCUGUCUUCCUUGUCAUGUUGCUGUUGAUGUGUAAGCAGAAGGACCCCAGCCUUCUCAGUUUUCCUCCUCCUCUGCCAACUUGGUAUGAUUUAUGGGAAAACAGAGUAUUUGGGGCUUACCUUCUCUGGUUUUUUCUUCAAGCUCUGUUCUACCUACUGCCAGUUGGAAAGGUUGUAGAAGGAACACCUCUUAUUGAUGGAAGAAGACUCAAGUAUAGAAUAAAUGGAUUCUAUGCUUUUGUCUUAACAUCUGUAGUCAUUGGAGCAUCUUACUUCUGGGGUGUGGAGUUUCGCUAUGUCUACGACCAUUUCCUUCAGUUUGCGCUGGGGGCGAUUGUGUUUUCCGUGGCCUUGAGUAUUUAUCUCUACGUGAGGUCUUUGAAAGUGCCCAGGAAUGAACUGUCACUUGCUAGCUCUGGAAAUGCUGUUUAUGAUUUCUUCAUUGGUCGUGAAUUAAAUCCUCGAGUUGGUGCUUUUGAUCUCAAAUACUUCUGUGAACUGCGCCCCGGAUUGAUUGGAUGGGUGCUUAUUAAUUUGGUGAUGCUUUUGGCUGAGAUGAAAGUACAGAAACGUGGUGCUCCAUCCUUAGCAAUGAUUUUGGUUAACAGUUUCCAGUUCUUGUAUGUGGUGGAUGCUCUUUGGAAUGAGGAAGCAGUAUUGACAACCAUGGACAUUAUCCAUGAUGGAUUUGGAUUCAUGCUGGCUUUUGGAGAUUUAGUGUGGGUUCCAUUUAUCUACAGCUUCCAAGCCUUUUAUUUAGUCAAUCAUCCAAAUGAACUAUCUUGGCCAGUUGUUUCUGUAAUCAUUGCUCUGAAACUUUGUGGAUAUGCAAUUUUUCGGUGUGCAAAUUCUCAGAAAAAUGCCUUUCGGAAAAAUCCCAUGGAUCCAAGGCUUGCACACUUAAAAACCAUUCAUACUUCAACGGGAAAAAACCUUCUAGUUUCUGGAUGGUGGGGCUUUGUUCGCCACCCCAAUUACUUGGGUGACCUCAUCAUGGCCCUGGCUUGGUCCCUCCCUUGUGGUUUUAACCACGUGUUGCCUUAUUUCUACGUGACUUACUUCACCAUAUUGCUUAUCCAUCGAGAAGCUCGGGAUGAGCACCACUGUAAGAAGAAGUAUGGCUUGGCUUGGGAAAAGUACUGCCAACGGGUACCAUAUCGCAUAUUUCCGUAUGUUUACUGA